AUGGCGGCGUUAGAUGUGUUGACGGUUCAACCGGAAUCGAAGCACGCAAAGAGAAAUGAUGCGAUCAAAGUCGUUCAGCAAGCCCUGGGAGACGCGGAACUAGCGACUCUAUCCUUAGAAGACCUCGAAAACCCUCCUGAACCGUCCAAGGCCUCUCCGACGCCAACUGGGCCUUCCUACACCUGCGUGACCGAACUACCUGAUCCCAGCUCGGUAGCCUCGAUCCUAGUGGGAUUCUUUGACCACACCCCGCGCUGGAAGCUAAACUCGGUGAUCAAUUUCGCCACCUACGCCCACGGCUAUCCCACGCCGGCCGACGCAGUCUACGCGGCUAAGAAGCUCAUCGAGGCGGCAGAGGAGUGGAACAGCUACAAAAUAGGUGUCACGUUCAAAUGGGUUCCCAAGCUCGAGGACGCUGCAUUUGUGCUCGAGUACGGUGGACCCAAAGGCAACGUUCUCGCCAGUGCAUUCUUCCCCAAUAAUAAGCCUCUGAAUACGAUGCACGUGUAUAGUUUCGGUUUCGACAAAACGGAUCAGGGCGGCUUCACCAAUUUCGGCAUUAUGAAGAACGUCUUCUUGCAUGAGUUGGGACAUGUCUUGGGCCUGAGGCACGAGUUUGCGUUAACGGAAGGAGGGGCGGUCCGCUUCGGAUCUAAGAACCCGGACUCCGUCAUGAGCCACAAAUUUCCCCCUGAGGUUCAGCCUUCCGACAUUGAGGGCACGAAAGCCUUUCUUACUCUUCCCCCAGUUAGAGACUUUGUUCCGGACAACUGA